GGCGUCCCAAGAUGGCGUCGUGGCUGCCCGAGACGCUCUACGAAGCCUUAGAACAAGGCUCGGCGCCGAGUAAAGAUUAUUACCAGUUGCAGGUCACCCGGUCGCAGGUAAUCUUUCGAUGGUGGAAGAUCUCCCUAAGGAGUGAGUAUCGAUCAACCAAACCCGGAGAAGUGAAGGAAAACCAUAAAGACUUCCUAGAAAACUCUCACCUUCAGGUUCAAAUUCUCUUAGCAUUUGGUUCAAGGAUAUUAGGAUAUAUUCACAAUUUAUGUGAAGGUAAAAUUGACUUCUUGGAACGCCUCUCUGAUGCUUUGCUCCUGAAGAUUUUCUCUUAUCUGGAUCUUGAAGAUAUUGCCAGGCUUUCGCAAACAUCUCAGAGAUUUUCAAAGUUGUGCAAGUGUGAUAUGCUCUGGGAGAAGAUCAUUCAGGGGGCCUGUGACAACAUCACCUCUGACAUGAGGACACAGGCCACUGAGAUCGGCUGGAGGGAGAUGUUCUUCGCCAACAGGCUGGAGCUCCAGCAGCAGCUGCUUAGGAGGAAGCAGAGACAGGAGAGGAAGGACCCUCUGUUGGUCCCUGCUCUCAGCCUUGGGGGAAUUAUUUCCUAUGUCAGCAUUGCGUCCAGACCUCCAUUCCCAGUCUCUCCGAUGCUGGCACUGAUGUGA